AUGAAGACGAUAAUGCAUACGCUGGCUGUUCGUUUACCGUCAAGGUCCUGGAACCUGAAGGGCUCAGGGCCCGAAGAGACGCAAGGGUUGAGGCAGCUGUCCCCAUUUAUACCGUCCGGAAAGUUUGCGACCCACGAUACUAUGGAUGUUUCCUAUACGGUUGAGCCUGCAAAAGAAUGGAAGAGAAUGACGCGGUACAAUCGCUUCAUCUUAAACGUGUCAAAUAUUCCAGUGAAGAGUUUGUCUUUGCCACAAACGAAUCUUCGAUUGAUCGUUUCAAGGCGAAUUAAUACAGAACGCUUCCAGACGGCGAGCACAAGACAGUGGACCAGGUUGCACGGAUUUUGGAGAUACGAGCCAGCGACAAGCAACAUGUCUAUGUCCGCGUUUGUUGGAUGUACCGGCCGGACGAUCUCCCCGAAUAUACCACGAAUUGCAACGAACAUUCCAAGUGCCGGAAAAGCCAUCAUGGUCGAUUCGAGCUGGUUGCGUCAAAUCACAGUAUGGCUGCCAUCAAAACUACAUAUCUUAGGUGUAUCCGGCCCCGCAAAUGUGACUCAGAUGGUUGAAAAUGAUGGCGGCCAAAAAAGGACUUCUAUUGGCGACAAGCGCUUGACGUGA